UUUUAUGUCAAAACACGAACAAGAUAAAGAACGCUUAAAAGAGUGUCUAACAAAAGCACACCAGCUUGUUGGAGAAAAAGUUGAAAUAAAACAAGAAGGAUCGAUCGAAGAAACACUUUUAGAUCGACUAGAAAAACUACAACUUACAGUAGACAAAGAUCCGAGAAAAGCAUUUGUAGAUCAAUGUCUUCAGGUCUUGUUAGAUACUCAACGUACCUUAUUAGACGUUUGUGUCUCGGGAGAGAAUCAAAGUGAUCGAGAUUAUUUGGGUGUACGUGAUUUUCGAUUGAUUCAUACAUUGCUUCAAGUAAUUAUUUCUUGGGGAUUCUAUCCUUGCUUCUUACCCGGUGUGGGUGUUCCUUUGUCGAAGCGAGUAAAAUCUGGUUAUACAAAUCAUGAAUUGCUUUCUAAAACUGAAAGUGAUCAAGAUAAAAACGAUCAAGUGUCAACAAAUACCUUGUAUUCUCUCCUCGACUUAGUGACGCCCUUGGUAGACUUAAUCGCUCAUAGUGAAAAAAUACCAAGCAGCCAAACAUAUACAACAGUGGCUUCUAUUUUGAUGAACAGGCAUUUACCUGAUCUAUAUGCAGCUUUGUUAGAAUUAGCCUAUGUGCCUGCUUCAGCGCUUCAACAAGAGCCAGAACAAAUCACACAAGCUCAUUCAUCUACACCUCUGACACCUGGAAGCAUGUUUACGAGUGUUAAAAAGCAACAAAUUGGCCUGAAAAGAGAAGAGCGAGACAAAUGCGCUCGUAUGUUUGUUUGGCUCUUUGAUCGUUCCGACUUGGCUCGAGCUAUGGAGUCUUUAAUGUCACUUUUAGGCACUUCGCCUCUGCAUCCUGUACCCAAUUGGCUACGUACCAUUUGUGGACGGUUCUUGUCCCGCAUCUUGCUGAAGCCAAAUGGUGUGUCAAUUGUGUUGGAAUUCACAAUAGGUCAUGUUGAGCAACUACAAUUAGCACAAUUAGAAAGUAUAUCUAAACUAAUAUUGUCCGUACCUCAACAGAUGACAUCGAUUGAAAGCUAUUAUGCUAUCAUCACCCCUCAAUUACUUGAACUGCUUGAAAAAGAGCCCUUGAAUUCACCUACUUGUCAGGCUGUUACGUUUAUCAUUGGUCGUAUUAUUGCAAAGCAUGCGAGUCUAGCAAAAACAUAUAUUGUAGAUAAAAUUGUUGGCCCUUUGCUCACGGCUUGGAACAAAGAUGCGUACUCUGAUGACAGUAUUGCACUUGAUGAAGAACAACUGUCUAUCUUGUUAUACACACUUCAUCGUGUCAUGAUUGGUGGAGAGCCUUCACCCGAUGUUAUUCAAACCUUUUUGUCUUCUUCUGUAGCCUGCUUGUAUCAUCUGUAUGAAUUUACGGUACAAUCAAAAUCUGGUCUAAAAGAAACAGUGUUGGACUUGAUGUCCACUUAUUUCCGUAUCACAACCACAUCAGAUGCCAUUCGUGAACUCAAGCAUAUUUUACUUGAUCCUUUUGAUCUCAGUGGUGCUCGAGUAGCCUAUUUUGCACCCGGUCCUACGGGUGGUGUCGUGUUGCGAUUAAGAAAAAUCCCCAAACCAUUAGCUGGUAAUGAACUUCCCGUGAAUACAAGUGUGCUUGUUGAUUUCUUACAAAAAAGUGAUGAUGCCGAUCUAUGUGGUGAUUUCUUUGUCUUCUUGCUGAAUGAAUAUUCUUCCAUACAGGCUAGAAAACCAGAUCCAAAAGUUGUCUUGUUAAUUCUACAUCUCAUUAUGGGAAUGUUGGACACAUUGGGUCCUACUAUUUUGGCCAAGCCAACCCAAAUUCUUUCAUUUGCAAACAAUAUUGUACAAGAUCAUGUGGACAGACUAACGACAGCUAAAAAAGAGACAGAGAACAAGAAAUCCAAGUUUCCCGAUAUUACCAACAUCGUAAGCCAAGAGGAUAUUGAAGCAUUGGAAGAUGCAGAGCAAUUUUCAGCCGAGGAUGAAUUUGAGUCUUUGAUUUUAGCCAUCAAUUUACUUCGAGCAGUAAUGCAUGAAAACGAAGAGUUAUCAGAUCAAGCAGUUCAGCUACUACAAGCAUCAAUUGAACCCUUAAAGAAAUUAGAAAGACAUUCAUUUGAGCCUGUACAAGAAUCUGUACAAGAAGUUCUGCUGGCUAUCACUUCUUAUCUAUCAGCACAAACAAUGUCUAGCAUGAAUUCUUCAAGUGGCAAUUCAUUGGAAGAAUCCAAAGAAAAAUACAGACAGGCCAUGAAAUCACUUCAGGACGAUUUGUUGCCUAUUCGUGCACAUGGCAUGGGCAUGUUGAAAGAAAUGGCAUUGGCCAAGGAUCCACUUGUGUCUCAGGGUAAAGGUUUAGAACAGUUGCUCGAUAUUUUUAUUCGGUUGGUCCAAGAUGAAGACAGUUACAUAUACUUGAAUGCCGUCAAGGGAUUAUCAGCCAUGACAGAUGCUUAUGGCAAUGAUAUCAUUCGAAAACUAGGUGCCUUUUACAGUGACGACAAACAAAAACUGGAUAAUCGUCUCAGAGUAGGGGAAGCCUUGUUGCAAACAGUACAACGAUGUGGAGAUGCAUUAGGAAAAUAUGUGCAUACAUUAAUACCACCCCUGGAGACGGUUUUGGCCAAAAGACAAGAAGAUAGUCAUUUACGUGUGUCUGCACUAUCCAUCCUAAGUAUGGCAUGCCAAACAUGCCCUGUUGCACUUUCUGCACAAAUGAGUGAGCUGAUUGACUGGGUUCUCAACAUUUUGGAAAUCGAAAAGACAGCAGAAGUUAGACGAGGUAAGUCACUCAAAAAGACCACAUUAUUUUGACGCAUUGAUAGCUGCUACUGUCUUGAUUUUGUCUUUGUUUAGAGGUUUAGCCUCACACACCUUAUAUGAAUAUCCAGCUGAAAGCUUGAAAAGAACUUAUCGUACUCUAAGGUACAUUGAAGAAACAGAUACUGAUGAACUAGCUCGAUACCAAGCAAGAGUGGCUUUGAGUGAUCUAGAUGCCAUUAUGCGUGACGAGUUAUUCAAGCAUCAGACUCCUAAAAAUACUGUUAGAUUCAAAUAAAAGUUUAUUCUGCUUUAUAAGAAACAAUUAGAUCAAAUUAAAAAGAAA